AUUUGCCCUUGUAUACGAGAUCUUACCACCGUUGUUUUAACAUGCCUCAUUCACGAAACGCGAGCAAUACAAGCGACUUGAGCGAGACCACCAGCGAACCUGACUCUGUCAUCGGCUUCACUGGGAACACGUAUAUGACUAUGAAAAACGCUGGGAUAUCCACUGUAACUUAUGCGGAGCAGACUUGACAGAUAAUAGAGCGGCCAGCGGCGAAAUAAGACAAGUGGAUCAAACCUCCACCAAGCGUGCACGACGUGGAUCCAUCCAGGGUUCUAGACUCGAUGCUGAGAAAUGCUCACGAAAACGGUGGCGAUUGGGCUAUCUGCGUGUGUCCAGAGAACUGCGAACAAGUCAACCUCGCGAAGACUUGGUUCAUGUAUCUCUUAUGGCUAUGUAAGUUAAAACUUAUCAUUAGGCUAAUAUCUGCCAGGUCGGAUAUCAAUGCGAUUUCCCCCUUAGUAGUCGCAACCGGAUCUCACCAGCUAUCAGACCUGGUUUCUGGUCAAUCCACGCUGACUAUUGACGACACCACCUUGUAUGACAGCCUUGCAAAUGCCAAUCCCGAACGACGUAGCGGAUUUAGGAGCAAUGUCAAUCAACAAGACGGUUAUGGAUGCGUUAUUUCAGAUCUCUGGGAUGGAGUACACAUACCCGCCAGUUCGAUAACCUUCAAUGGAGCGCACAUCCUGAAACGGGCCGUCAGUAUUUUCACCAUGAACCGGGUAGUAAGGAUCUCUCUGCGGUUCGCAUUAAUUCUGGCCUGCAAGUUGGAUUAUGCAGGUACAUUCCGGGGCUGCAAUGUGGAAUAUUGUUCAGCAUUACUCAGGAAUGUCCGAACAAACUAUUCAAAACAUAAAAAGGCUAGUGGACAACCCGUUCGAUGACAUGAUGCUCGAAUAUAAUAUCCACGAUAACUUUGACAAGCUGCUUCGAACAGACGGAGUGACAGAAGAAUCCGCUCGCCGUGCCAAGAUUGACAGGAAUGGCUACUGCCAUCGAUUCGACGCCAUUACAAUAAUUUAUAACAAAAUAUUCCGCGUUGU